AUGAAACAUAUGGAGAUAAACAACAACCUAAUGAACUUAUACAAGAACAAGAGAAUUUUAGUUAUAGUUAUGAUAAUCUCAAGGAUAUUGAUCCAAUUGCAGCAAAUAGAAUCCAUCCAAAUGACCAUAGAAAGAUUAAUCAAUACCUUCAUAUAUAUGCUUCCUCUGGUGUUCUUCCUAGCAAAUAUCUUCAGGAAAAGACUAUGGAGAACUGGGGAAAUGCAGAUAAUUUGA